GGAGUCCAGACCUGGCCGUGGCAGCCACGAAGUCUUGGACAACCCACAACUACCGGGCAAGCGGGAUCCCUGCUGGGGGGGCGGGGAUUCGGGGAGACAGCCCCCAGGGAGCCGCCCCCCAAUCCGGUCGGGAGCACCGGUGGUCGGGCCUGAGCCGCGGACCCAGAAGGUCGCCCCUCCCCGCGGCCCGGCCCUCGUUUCUCACUCGCCCCCUCUGCUUCUCGGUCCCCAGCCGGGCCUGGCGGGAAAGGGGUUAUGUGGCGGGCCGGCCCCUGCCCGCCCCUCCCCCUCUCCGGGAGGAGCCGCGCAGUGGCCCGCCCAACCCUCCCUUCCCCGUCCUCCCCUCCGGGCCCGGGCCCCGGGCAGCCCGCCGCAGGUGCGGGCGGCUCCCAGCAGGCGCCAGCCGCGUCCCAGCAUGGCCGGCCUGGGGGGGGCCCAAGAAGGAGACGACCCCCCUGGGGAGGCCCCCCACCCCCCGGGCGCGGAAUCCGGGGGAGACCCCGGGGAAAUGCUGGAGAAGGCCCGGGAGCUUUUCUUCCUCUGCGACAAGGAAGCCAAGGGCUUCAUCACCAAGGCGGACCUGCAGAGGCUCCAGAACGAGCUUCCCCUGACCCGGGAGCAGCUGGAGUCCGUGUUUGAGAGCCUGGACCGCGGGCACGCGGGCUUCCUGACCCCCCGAGAAUUCAGCAUGGGCUUGGGAGCGUUUGUGGGAGCGGAGAUGCCGGGGAGCGCCCCCCACUCGGGGCCCCAGGAGGAGACCUUUGAGUCGGGCUGGCUCCCGGGGUCCGGGGCCCCAGAGGAGGAGGAGGCCGCUGCCGAGGAGGACGGCUUUGGGGCCACCAUGGAACAGCUGGGGGCCGCCCCCGUCCUGGCCGAGCAACGCGAGGUGCGAGCCCUGUGGCUGAGGCUCCGGAGAGAGCGUCCCGAGCUGCUGGGGAGCUUCGAGGACGUGCUGCUGCACGUGUCCUCCUGCCUGGGGGAGGCCGAGCGGGCGAGGGAGGCGGUGGAGCAGGCCCUGUGCAGGCGAGAGAGCGACCACGAGAAGGAAGUGCGGUGUUUGUAUGAAGAAAUGGAGCAGCAGAUCUGCGCCGAACGGGAGCGGCUGCAAAACCAGGACUCCUCCCGUCAGGACCGGCUCAGUCACAUCCUGCAGGAACUGCAGAAUCGAGACCAGGAGCUAGAUCGGGCCAGCCGAGGCCAGAGAGAGCUAGAGCAGCAGCUGCAGCAGCGGACCUCGGAGCGGCUGGAGAUGCAGGUGCAGAACGCCCAGCUCUGGCUGGCCAAUGAGGAGCUCCGGACCCAGCUGGAGCAGAGCCGGGCCCAACUGGAGCAGAGUCGGGCCCAGCUGGAGGCGGCUCAGGAGCAGCUGCUGCAGCUGCAAGUGGAAGCCCAGGCUGAGAAGGAGCAGAAGCACAGGGAUGUGGUCAUUGUGUCUAGGAACAUGCAGAAGGAGAAACACAGCCUCCUCCGGCAACUGGAGCUCCUGAGGGACCUGAACAGGAGGCUGCGGGAUGAGAGAGAUGCCUUUGACGCCAGGAAGCUGGUUAGUGGGCGGAGGAGGAAGGCUCCAACUCCUCCUGCCCGGCUCCCCCUGGGCACCUGCUGCGGCGGCUGUGGGUGCUCCCAAAGGGCCCUCACCACCGGGCCCUGAGGGGGGCAGCCCCCUCUCUGUUCCGCCGGCCCGGCUGGGGCCCCAGCGGGAGCCUCCCUGCCUCCAUCUCAAGCGGCUCUCCCGACACGGCCCGGCCGCAGCGCAGCUCCAGAGCCGUCCUGGGGGGGCCGUAAGGGAGCAGCUCCCCAUGGGAACUCUGCUCACUUCUGGGCUGGGCUGGGGGAGGGACUGGGGAGUCCCAGAGGGCCAGAGGAAGGCUGGGGUCGGGCUGGCAGCCGGGCCAGGCAGAACUAGGGGUCCGCGGCUGACCCUGUGUCGGGGGCUGGGGCUGAAACCUCUCGUCCCCCCAGCUCCUGGCCCAGGAAGUCUCAGCUCUCCUGGUCCCCAGUAAGCCUGGAGGCCGGGGCCUCAGCCCUGGACGUGAAGGACUAAGACCCCGGCGACAUCUGUCCUGUCCUGACUAGGCUCCAUGCGAGCUCCGGUGUCCAAAUAAAUCCGGCCAUGCACCCAC